UUAUUUGGGAUGAUUUCCGAAUAUGACGUCUAUCGAGUAUACUUCGGCUGGGGUCUGUCCGGUCUGUUCUCGGUGAUAGUGGUCAUCUCGCUGCUGGGAAUCUGCUGCGGCUGUAUCGGUCAGGACUCCGAGAAACUGCCAACGGAGCGGUCAUGCAUGUCGCACUGCGGGGGCCGCCUGCUGAUCAUCCCGGUGGUAAUGAUGUUCUUCGUUGGGUCCCUGCUAAUGAUUCUGACCACGCUGACUUUUGUGGUGGGAGGCAAUAUGGAGAAGCUGUGUCAGCCGCUACUCGACCUUUCCAUGUUCAAAGAUUUUGUUGAUGCAGGAUCAAUAAGUGGAUUUACACUUGGAGAGCUGCUGCACCAGAACGCAUCAAUUGGCAUCGGAUUUUAUCCUUUACUUCUGGGAUGUCGAGCCAACAAGGCUGUAUUUAAACUUCUAGCUCUGGACGAGUUACUCCCACUACAGGAGUUUUUGAAUUUCACAAAGUACACGUCUCAGAUGCAGGGACAGAUGGACGACAUGAAGAACAUAGACCUGUCUCAGUUUGCCAUCCUCACGCCUGAAAUGAAGACCGCACUCACGGAUCUGCAGAAAUCCGGCGUCAACGACAUCGACUUCGCCGCCAUUAAUGCAUCGCUUGAUCAGAACCCUUGUUCAGUGGAUUUCGCCGCAAUGAUUUCCGGUAUGAAGUCGGUGCGGGACUCGUGCUCCGGUGCGGCCUAUUCCUCCUGGAACAAACAUAUCUCCGACCUGAGCACCAUACGAGAUGUCAAGUGUCCGGCUGUAUCCGCGUCCCAGACGACAUUGAAGUCUUCAAUGGCUGUGCUGGCGAAACAUCUGUCCGGUCUAAAUGCGCGGAUAAACAACACGUUAGAAGCGGCACAAAAGGCGGACGAUCAGAUGAAGAAUAAUUUUACAGGCGUUUUCGCGCAGGCGAUUGAAGACUUUGCAAACAGAGUCAUUAAUUACAUCCAACAAUUUGCAGAAAAGGCUGUUGACAUGGCUUACAACGACGUUGGCCGUUGCCUGCCUCUCUGGAACCUGUACGAUUCGUUUACAACAAUCCUAUGCAGCUACAUGGUUCAGUCGCUGAACGCGUUCUGGUUUGGCACCGGUUGGGGUCUGCUGUUCUUCAUCCCCGUGAUGGUGCUGUGUAUGAAACUCUCCAAGUACUACCGCCGUAUGGACAGCCAGGAAGGCUUUAAGGAGGAGGAAGAACCGCUGGAUGAAGACAUUGACGAUUUCGGUAUGCGGUAUGAUUUACUGAAGAAAAACAAAGUUGCCCCUAAUCCGGAAUAUAUGGACUGAGUCAGAGAAGUAGUAAUGUGGAAAUGACGCUAGACGAUGUUGUAAUUUGUUGGUUGUGUUAUUUUUAUGCAAAAUUAA